CCACAGACACACCUCACUCGCACACCACACCACACACUUUCCCCCACAUAGACAUAGUAAUCUAUCACUAUGGGGAAGCGCAGGCGGAAGACAGAGGCCACAGAGGUCCAGACCCAGGACCAGGACCAGGAGCUCGUCAUGGAUGCCUCCUUUGACGAACUCUCCUCAUCGGAGGAGAGCAUGACCAGGUCCACCAGGUCCACCAAGUCCACCAAGUCCACCAAGUCCAAGAGCAAUGCCGAUGAUGAUCAGGAUUCAUACUCGGCAGAUGCUUCUUCUGCGUCGUCGUAUUGCUCGGGUGAUGAUGGGGUGAACCGGCGAAGAAGUGGUCGGGCAAGGCUAGCAAGAAGAAGGCAAAGGUGCCGUGGACGUAUGAUAACAAGCUGAGGGUGGUGGACAAGGCUCGGUUUGGUGGGAUGGCGGAGAAGGAGGAGGAAGAGUUCAAGGUGCCGACCCGAAAGGAACUGGAGAAGCUGCGCAACACAAAGCAGCUGUUCAAGUCAAACCUGUUCAAGAUGCAGGUCGACGAGCUCCUGGCUGCUGUCACCAUCGACUACGAUCGGACGCAGGCCACAAAGUCGGCUCUGUUUGAUGUCCGCGCCGCUCUGCUUGAUCUCGAACUCGGCCCGCUUACCCCACCGCCGACAGACGCCAAUCUUGUGGGCUCGUUCCUCACUCAGACCUGCGUCAAGCCCGCGCUCAACGUCGACAUUGGCUUUGUCAUUCCGCCGGCCAUGGUCAUUCCCAAAGACUACGUCAACAACCGCUACCCGUCGACUCGCGCUGCUUACGUGGCCCAGAUUGCCACCGCUCUCGCCGCCGCUCUGCGUGCAAAGUCCAAGCGCUACGCCAAGACCAAGGUCCAGACCGUCGGCUUUGCUGGCGACGAGACAAAGCCCAUCAUCGCCAUCUCCCACAUUGGGCCUGACACAGAGUCGUUCGAGGGCAAGAAAGUGGCCACGCCAUUUACCAUCAAGCUCAUCCCGGUCCUCGACUCGGCGGCCCCGGUCUUUGAGGCCCGCAAGCUUGGCCCGGCCCGCAACAACCUUCGCAAGCCGCACUUUGGCCUCUCGACCGCCACCCCACUCUACAACGCCGCCAUUCUCGAGGAUCUCAUCCUCCCCGGCCAACUCCCGCUCUUGCAUGCCGCCACCUCGUCCGAUACCUACGGCGACGCACUCCGUGGUGCCAUCGUUCUCGCCAAGGUCUGGCUCGCCAAGCACGGCCAGGGCGCAGGAUGCGGCGUGCCCGGCCGUCUCGCCGGCCUCCACGUCUCGCUCAUCCUCCUCCAUCUGCUCAUCUCGCGCAAGGUCCCGCGCUCGACCUCGUCGUACCUGCUGUUCAAGGCUCUGCUCGAGUUCCUCGCUGCGGCUGGCCCGGAGCCGCAGCCGAUGUUUCUCGCGCUGCCGGUCGACGACGACGGCUGGCCGCUCGGCAUUGGUCCCAUCCUGUCCAAGGCCGGCGUGAAGAGCCCGGUGCCGGCCGAACCCGACGCGGUGCUCCUCGCCGCCGGCGCUGGCUACGACGUCUCCCUGCUUGACCCGACCGGCUCGUACAACUUUGCCUGGAGAGUGAGCGCCUCGGCGUGGUCGUCGGCGUCGUGGACGGCCCAGCGGUCGCUGGCGGUUCUUGAACAGCCCUCGCUCCUUGUCGACGCCUUUGCCUCGCUGUUUGCCCGCGAUCUCCCAGCUGUCGCCACCUUUGACACCAUCAUCCGCAUCCACCCGUUGCCGGACGUGGCCGACGCCUUUGCCGGCGAGGAGAGCCGAGUCACCCACGAGGGCGGCUUUGCCCGCGCACUCGCCUCGCGCGCCCACUCGGUCCUCACGCGUGGCCUCGGCAAGCGCGCCGUCGGCGUUGACGUCCAGAUGGGCGGCAGCCACGGCCCGGACACGCUGUGGAUUGGCCUCCGCCUCGCGCCGCUCCACUCGAUCGGCAUCGUUGACAUGGGCCCAUCCGCCGACUCGGGCGAGCUCGCCGAGGCCUUCCGUGCCUUUUGGGGCGCCAAGGCCGAGCUUCGUCGGUUCGUCGACGGCUCCAUCUGUGAAGCUGUCGUCUGGUCCAAGUACGAGAACCACCAGGAGGCCAUUGUCGGCGCUGUCGUCAAGCACCUGCUCAAGCUCCACUGCAGCAUUCCCCGCAAGACCUUGGCAAUGCUCCCGGUCGAGCUCGGCGGCGUCGAGCCGCACACUCGCCGCGACUGGCACGGCUACAUCGGCGACGUCAAGGCCGCCCGCAAGGCCGCCCAGGAGCUAUCCACCCUCUUGCUCGGCAUCACCUCGCUCCCGCUCGACAUCUCGUCGGUCCGCCCCGCAAGCCCCGCGCUCACCGCCACCUCGGCCGGUCCGCUCCUCAAGCCCGGCGACGGGCGGAUCCUCGUGGCGACCGGCCUCGAGAUGGUCAUCCAGUUCCGCGCCUCGGCCCACUGGCCGUCGGACCUUGUCGCGUUCCAGGCCAUGAAGGCCGGCUUCCUCAUCAAGCUUGCCCAGACCCUGCAGGUCCGGCACGGGCUCUCAGCCGUCCUCGACUCGAACGGGCACGGGCCGAUGGGCGCCCCGGUGCUCGAUGUCUUCUUUGCAGACUUUGUCUUUCGCCUCGUCAUCCACCACCCGCACGAGAUCGCCAUGCUGCAGCAGCGCGUCGACGCCAUCCGCUCGCGGUCGGCUCAGACCAUGCUCGGUGACGACGCAGACGAGGCUGACGCCACGGCUGACGUGGCUGUCGCCGCCGCCGAGGCCGAACUCGCGGCGGUGACCGAGGUGCAGGAGCGCGCGCCGGAGCACGCCGCCGCCCUCGACGCAUUUACCACCUCCCACCCGGCCUUCCCGGCCACAGCCGUGGCCUUCAAGGCCUGGCUCGCCGGCCACUGCUUCUCGGCCUCGCUCCCGUCGCGCGCCGCAGACCUCAUCGUCGCCUACGCGCUCGACCAGUGGUCAGUCGCGGGCAUGACUGUCAGCCCGCUCCCCGGCCUCCUCCGCGUCCUGCACCUUGUGGCCAACUUUGACUGGGAGCUCGACCCGCUCAUUGUCCGCCUCGCUGCCGACGACAUCGCCGUCGGCAACAUCAACGACCUCUACGCCGCUUUCAAGGUCGCCCGCGCCGAUGGUGUCGUCAUGUUUAUCGCCGAUGCCUCCGCAGGUCCGCUCGUCACCCUCAACGCCCCCACUUCCACCGAGCUUGCUCGCCUCGUCCGCCUCGCCAAGGCCUCGGCACACCUCCUCGCUAAGAUCGUCGAGCAUGGCGGCCACGUCAGGCCCGCCUGGUGGGACGCCAUCUUCAACCUUCAGCUCGCUGACUUUGACCUCAUCGUCACCCUCAAGAACGCGCCCAAGCUCAAGGCCGCCACCGGCUCAAAGUACAAGAACCUUGUCAACGAGGAGGACACCCUCGUCAACUUUGAGCCCGGCGCAUGGCUCGUUCGCCAGCUCCAGGCCCGCUACAGCGAACUCGCUACCAUCUGCUACGGCGGUCGCGACAUCAUUGCCAUCGCCUGGCGUACCGACCAGCUCGCUGCUACCUCUCGUCUCCGCCCGCUCGAGCCCGUCGCCGCCUUUAACUCGGCACCGGCCGCCGGCCUCGCCUCAUCCGGUGACGCCGUCGUCUUUGACAUUGUCGGCAUGGUGGCCGACAUCAAGGCCCUCGGUGGCGAUCUUGUCACCGACGUCACGCUCCUCUAACCAUCAGUCGAAUGAACACCACUCACGUCCAUGAA